AUGCGCAAGAACGCGACAGAUCAAAAGGAAGCGGAAUAUCCAGAAAGCAAAGCAAGCGAACCUCGGCCUCGGCCGGCAAGCCCUCGGUCGGCACGGCCUUCGCCCGAACGAGGAUGGCAAUUUGACAAGGCGGCCGAAUUUCCCUGGCGCCUCAAGCAGGUCGUCGAAGAGGAAAGCAACUGGCGCGGGAUAUGGGUACUAGAGGUCAAGGAUAUGCAAGCUAUGGUUUGGGAGACGGUUCACGUACCCAAGGAGAGCGGGUACGGUGGUAAACACCAGCGGGUGCCGACUAUGCACUUACCGUUCACCCCGGAAAGGGAGCGGGGCGAUUUGAGCGCCGGAGGACAGGAUAAUCUGAUGAUCACUAAAAACGCAUUUUGUGCACUCGACCACACGGCAAUUGCAUCCUAG